AUGGAAAAUCAAUCCAGCAUCUCUGAAUUUUUCCUCCGAGGAAUAUCUGAAUCCCCAGAGCAACAGCAGUUACUCUUUGGAAUUUUUCUAUGCAUGUAUCUUGUCACCUUGACUGGAAAUGUGCUCAUCAUCCUGGCCAUUGUCUCAGACCCGCACCUCCACACUCCCAUGUAUUUCUUUUUGGCCAACCUGUCUUUUGUUGACAUGGGCUUAACAACCUCCACAGUUACCAAGAUGCUGGUGAAUGUACAGACUCAGCGUCACACCAUCUCCUAUACUGGUUGCCUCACACAAAUGUAUUUCUUUCUGAUGUUUGGUGAUUUGGACAGUUUCUUCCUUGCUGUGAUGGCAUAUGACCGCUAUGUGGCCAUUUGCUGCCCUCUUUACUACUCCACAGUCAUGAGUCCCCGAGUUUGUGCCCUGCUGCUUGCAUUGUGCUGGAUCCUCACCAAUGUUGUGGCCCUGACUCACACCCUCCUCAUGGCUCAGUUGUCCUUCUGUGUUGUUGGUGAAAUAGCUCACUUUUUCUGUGACAUAACUCCUGUCCUGAAGCUGUCAUGUUCCAACACCCACAUCAAUGAGUUGAUGGUUUUUGCUUUAGGAGGCACAGUCCUCAUUGUCCCCUUUAUAUGUAUUGUCAUCUCCUACAUCCACAUUGUUUCUGCUAUCCUGAAGGUUCGAACCUCUAGUGGGAUGAGCAAGGCAUUUUCCACCUGCAGUUCCCAUCUCUGUGUUGUCUGUGUGUUCUAUGGAACCCUCUUCAGUGCCUACUUGUGCCCUCCCUCGGUUGCCUCUGAAGAGAAGGACACUGCAGCAGCUGCAAUGUACACUGUAGUGAUUCCUAUGUUAAACCCCUUCAUCUAUAGCCUAAGGAACAAGGACAUGAAGGGGGCCCUAAAGAAGCUCCUGAGUCACAGGAGAAUUUUUUCUUCUUAG